UUCAGGCCAGUCUUACGUUUACCUCGCUGGAGAACGGAACGAAUCAUUGACCGCAUUCAGCGGAUUCGAUAGUUGAACAAUUUUAUUUUAGAUAAACAACAAUUCAUCUGUUACAUUUUUAUAUGAAAUUGUUGAGUUCCUUGAAUGCUGAGGCCAAUCACUCGCUGUGUAACCAACAAAUCAAUGUCGAGUUGAUAAGACGAUCACUCAAUAAUUGUUCUGUUGAAGCUGGUCAAUGGUUUGACUUGACGUAGGACUCCUUAGGUCUCCAUCUACAAGUUUCACAAGUCUAUGGCUGAAAUGAACACACGCUUGCCAUUCUUAUUCAGCGUGCUCGAUUCUCCUGCAUUAUUCUCGCCAAGGCCUGCGACGAAGUGAUCACGCACAGCAUCGCGUGUUUCCUCCACACAUUUAGUGAAUUGGUUUUUCAUUAAUUAGAGCGAGUGAUGUACUAGAGGAGAGAAAUACAUACAGAGAUAUUAUUUUUCGAAUCGGAUAAUAUGGCUUUUUUCGCAACUAUUGGACUGUUAAGUGUAUUCUACUAUAUCGCCUACCUAAUUUUACCCUCCAUUUUGGACUGUGACCUCUUGCUCAGAUUUAAGGAGAUAUUCGGCAAGCCAAUAUCUUCUUUGAAAGGCAAAGUCGUAUGGAUAUCAGGUGCAUCCAGCGGUAUCGGAGAGCAAUUAGCCUACGUGUUAGCCAAAGCUGGCUGUAAAUUAAUAUUGUCCGCUCGAAGGGUCGCUGAAUUGGAACAAGUGAAGAAGAGAUGUCUGGAAGAAAACAAAUAUUUGAACGACGACGAUGUGGAAGUGUACCCUUUGGAUGUGCUUAAUCUGGACUUGCAUGAAAAAGCGUUCCUACACGUGAUCAACAAAUUUGGCAAAUUGGAUAUCCUCGUUAAUAAUGCUGGUCGGAGUCAACGAGCGCAGUGGGAAAACAUUCAAGUAGAAGUCGAUAGAGAAAUGUUUGAAUUGAACGUAUUGUCCAUUGUAUCUUUAAGUAGACUAGCAGUUAAACAUUUUUUACAAACAGGCAAUGGCCAAAUUGUCAUCAACUCUAGCGUCGCUGGAUUUUUACCGGUAGUUAUGUCAGGGUCAUAUAGUGGUACUAAACAUGCGUUACACGGCUAUUUUAAAUCCUUAGUGCUAGAACACUUUAGAAAUAUCGAUGUGACAAUCGUUUGUCCGGGUCCGAUACAGACAAAUUUUCUGGCCGAAAGCUUUACCGAACAAUCUGGUGUAAAAUACGGUAUAAAGACGGAAAAAGACCAAAAUAAAGUAAGCGCAAAACGUUGCGCAACUUUAAUGGGCGUAGCGAUUGCGAAUAAGAUGGACGAAGUAUGGAUCGCCAAACCGGCCGUGUUGCGAUUGCUCUACAUACUUUAUUGUUUCCCAAAUGUUGGAAAAUGGUUGGUGAUGACUCUAGGCGCAAAAUAUCUAAUGAAAUUACGGGAUGCUAAGGUUUCCAGUCAGAACUAAUUGCCAUCUUUAAAAUAGCGUAAUGAUAAUUAGUACUUUAAAAUGUAUUAAUAUAUAUUCUCCUGGACAAAAUUAACGCAUAAUUUUUUUUCAUUUUUUCUUUAAAAGCUGAUA